GAGCACUGUUUAUGGGGCUAAGGAAAUGUGUGAAACCCACCUGUUUGACUUGCGGGUGUUUCUCUGCUUGCAAAUUCUGCCCACAAAAUCACUAAGCCAGACAUGAGGAAGUAACCCUUCUCUGCCCUUUUGGCAGAAGAAUGAGGCUGAGCUGCCCUUGAGCACCUGAAUGGAGUGUGUGCCUUGCCUUCAAGGGAUAUCAGAGGAGCAGAUUUGUAGCUUUCGUCAGUCUGCAAAGUACCUGUGGCAAAGAAGGCAGAGACUUCCUAGGAUGUCUAGUGUGAAACCAUGAGAUCAAUCAGAAGGUGGUGUCCUAGGGGAACCAGGCUGCUUCUCAUAGGCUUCUUGUUCCUUGUUCUCUCUUUUGCUGCCUACAUUGGCUUUACUGAAAAAUAUCCAUACAGCCAGUUUCCUUACUUUCGCCGUGCUGGAAGCAUGCCACAAAUAAACACCCGGCCCGCUACCCCAGAAGUGAUGUCUGCCAACAGGGAGACACCAAGGCCUCUCAAUGUAAUACUUGGCCCAAGAAGCUCCCCAUUGGAGCAAGAUGCUGUUAAGAGAUUGGCAAAUGGUGGCAACAUAAUGGACAUCCGAGAGAAGCAUGUGGAGGUCACCAGCCCAUCAGAAUCGACUGAGAAGCAAGCCAGGGAGAGAGGUGUGAUAGCAGCCAAUCCAAAGCAAGUUGUGGAGAAACUGAGGCCCACAGCCAAUGAGAAUCAAGCUGAACACAAGACUGCGACACCUGCAGCUGGUCAAAACCGUGCUGGGGGUCUGAGUGCAACCCCCACCGUGCAUAAGAAAAAAAGUGAGAAGCAUGUGACAUCAACAUCCAGUCCAAAGGAAGAGAAAAAUAAGUCGGAACACAAAGGAAAUGAACGAGCUGAGGCUAAAUAUGAAGCACCAGCAUCCAAUCGAAAGUUGGAUGAGGAAAGAGGUGCAAAAACAGCAUCCAAUCAAAAUGCCACACCACGACCCACUGCAAGCCACACCAAGGGGAAAGUUUCUAGAGAAAUGGAUGUAGCUAAAAAGAACCAGAGUUUAGUUGAUUCUCAUUCUGUUGUCACAAAUCACAACGUCUCUAUCCCUAGGCCAGGGGCUCAACAAGUCACACAUCCAGUUCCUGCACCGACCCCCAAGAAAAGGCUUAAAGCAUCUGACUUCAAAUCUGAGCCCCAUUGGGACUUUGAUGACCAGUAUCUCCUGGACAAUUCAACACCAGCAUCAAGCUGCCCUGAUUCUCUGCGGGUCAAGGCUGCCAAGUCUGAUUGGCUGAAGGAUCUCUUCCUGCCCAACCUCACUCUUUUCAUGGACAAGACUCACUUCAGUGACAGCGAAUGGGAGCGUCUAGACCAUUUUGGCCCACCCUAUGGCUUCAUGGAGCUGAAUUACUCAUUAGUAAAACAAGUCAUCACCAUGCUUCCCCCUAAACCGUCCCACCAAAUUCUCUUUGCACGCAACAGCAGCCAGACUUCCAGGUGUAUCAGAUGUGCGGUGGUAGGGAAUGGGGGGAUACUGAACAACUCCAAAAUGGGCCAGGAGAUUGACUCCCAUGAUUACGUUUUCCGGGUGAGCGGGGCCGUGGUCAAAGAUUUUGAGGAAGACGUGGGAACCAGAACGUCCUUCUACGGAUUCACAGCCUACUCCUUAGUGUCUUCUGUCUCAAUUCUGGGAAAUCGUGGAUUCAAGAAGAUCCCCAUGGGAAAGGAGAUCAAGUACCUUCAUUUCCUGGAAGGGCCAAGAGAUUACGAAUGGCUGAAAGCUCUUCUGCUGAACACGAGAGUCAGGAAGGGAUUUUUGGAUGGCUAUGGGCCAUACCCUCGGGAUAAAUUUGGUAGCAAUUUCACCCUGGAUAACUACUUUGUCAUUCAUCCUGAUUUUCUCAGAUACAUGAAAAACAGGUUUCUAAGAUCCAAAAGCCUAGACAAGUCCUACUGGCGGAUCUAUAGACCCACCACAGGUGCCUUCCUCCUUCUAACUGCACUCCACCUAUGUGACCAGGUAAGUGCUUACGGAUACAUCACCGAAGACUACCAAAAGUAUUCAGAUCAUUAUUAUGACCAAAAAUGGCAUCGCUUAGUCUUUUAUAGCAACCAUGACUUUGAUUUGGAACGGAGGACAUGGAAGAAACUUCACGACUCGGGCAUCAUGAAGCUGUACCAGCGAUCCUGAGCGAGAUGAAAAGGGAGCCCUGGCUGAUGGCAAAUUUUGGAAGCUGAGAUGGAUCUGAGCCAUAUUUUCUAUUAUCAUUUUGGUAGAGCGGGUCCUUGCCAACUAAAGACUUGGUUCUUGCAACAACAAA